AUGUUUCUUCUAUCAAUAGUUUCUUUGAUAUUAUUUGUCUGUUGUUCAAACUCUCACGACUUGUACCUUGGAUAUCCUGAUAUUGGAUCAAAAUUGAUCUACAGCAAAGUGCAUCAAGAGAAUCCUGCUAUAUGGGUUAGAUCUGAAACUUUUACUGUCAACUGUUCUAAGAAUGAAGUGAUCAACGCAAUACAGGUUAUGGAUUUGAGGGAAGAUAAGUGGGCUGAAGCUUAUAUCAAAGCAGGAGGUAUUGGUGAACAUUUCGUCACAAUAGAGCUGAAUAGUCCGAGUGUUCUGCGAGGCUACAAUUUUUGGGUCAACAUCUACGUUUUACAAAGCAAUAACUUUUUAUAUCAUCAUGGUAGAAAAUGA